AUGCGGCCGCCCGCCACGGCGCUGGCGUGGGCGCUGGUGGCCCUGGCGUGGGCCGGCACCGCCCUGGGUCAAGAAAGUGACAGGACGGACAACUCGUUCCUGGAGGCGAUCCCGAUCGAGGGCCUGAAUGCCAGCCGCAUCGACGUGCUGGCCGCCGGGGAGGGCGUGACGGGCACGCUGCCGUUCAACUUGUAUGACGUGUUCGCCUUCCAGGCGCCUGAGCGCGAGGAGGAGGGCUUGGGCUUCCCGGACAUCCUGCUGUCGCUGGACGUCCUGAAUGAUGCCACGGGCGGCAACGCGGACAUCUACUGCUGGCCCCUGUUGCAGGAGAACGGCAACGUGGUCCUGCCCACGCGGGAGAAAUUCCACUGGGCGUCCAACCACAGCCAGGGCACCGACCUGGUGUUCAUCUCCAGCAACGACUCAUUCUACGGCGAGGGCGUGAGCAACAACUUCACGCGCGAGGACGGCCACACCAUCAGCGUGGGCUUCGUGUGCAGCGUGAUUGGCCAGUCCGUCGUACCUUCGGAGUACCGGCUGGAGCUGGAGCUGGACUACACGAAGCGGAGCCUGGUGUCGAGGGAGGUGUCCGCCAUGCGGUCCAUCUUCAACAAGUGCUGCCGCGAUUCGGGCUGCCCGAGGUGGCUUGCCAUGUCGUCGGAGGUGGUGGGCUGGAACGCCAGCGGCGAGGAGACGGAGCCGGUGCUGGACAUGUGCCACCUGAACCUGAACGGCAGCGUGUGCAACGACGACGGCCGCCUGCUGAAGCUAAACCUCGACCUCUUCGAAUUGGAGUGCGCCUUCCCGUUCGACGAGCUGAAGGUCAUGUCGCAGCUGCAGAAGGUCAGCCUGGACUACAACCGGUUGACGGGCGACAUCGGGGCGAUCGCCGGAGGCCUGAAG